AUGGCCAGUGCGCGACUCGCUUAUAUGCGCGACUCGCUUAUAAUCAGUGCCUUUGGCAUCGCUACUGAUAAUUGGAGGCUCGGUAUCUAUGCCGGCGUCUUAUCAGGGUGUCUACAACAUAAAGCCCUCCGCGGGGCGUCUAUCAUUCAGAGACGUAGCCAAUACCAGCCUUGGACCCGUGAUCCAUACACACACCCUAUUCCAUGGCGAGCGGGCAAGGAGUACGAAAACGACGACGAAUCGGACCGUAAACCAACUUUUGGGUUCAUGCCAAAUGACGGCAUCGUAGUUCCGCAUCCACCAGUUGCCCGGGCCCUGGAGAUCGUGAAACAGGCUUUGACGAAUGCAGAUUUUGAGGGUCCGAUUGCACGGAGUGACGGCUGUCCUGACGUUUGGGAAGCAAUUCAACAGUCCGGGGAGCCUAUCUUCCCCGAAAUCGUGAACGUGUCCCCGGCGGCAAGCGCAGACCUCCUAUUCCACUCCCAGAGUCGGCCUGUUGACGUUGCCAUUGCUCCGGCCGGUCCACAUAGUGCCAUUCCACCUGGAAAGUUCAUUCAUUCGGCGUACACAAGUGCUCUCAACGUGCUCAACUUUUGCAUCGCCGUGAUACCGAUUACAGUUGCGGAUAAGAACCUGGACACCCUGGACCCAAACUUCCAACCCCUUACCGACAAGGAUCGGCGAAACAUGGCUUCAUGUAAAUAUAACAAUCAUCAAACGAAUGGACAGUACGCUGACAGUCAGACGGACGAUCCCGAACUCUUCGAUGGCACCCCGGCUGCCAUUCAGCUGUUUGGACGCCGACUGGGUGAGGAAAGAGUGCUAUCUGUGGCGCAGAUUGUAAUUGACGCCGUUGAGGAGUGGAAGAGAAAACACCAUCGGGAAUAA